AUGACAGCGGAAGCUCUUUCAACGACACCCGUGCCCCAACCACACUCACACGAGAAGAACUGGAUCCUGACGUUGCAGUGUCAGUCGUACGUAAAGCAGGUCAAGGGCGUUCAAUUUCUGCGGAAAUACAUUGAACCGAAUCGCAUCGUAAUCAUCAAGGCCGACAUGAUGAUGCUGAACAACGAAGGACUACACUUCCGUGACCAGAAGUGGACGAUCAUCUCGCGCGCCCAGACAAAUCCAAAGGCUUGCGUGGUGCGUAACGUGGUACUCAAGAAUCUGAACUGGAAGUUAAGGGAACACACAACACACUUGCAGGAUCAGCUGAUCGAGGAAACACAGAAAAAUGGAAUGAUGUUGUUGAUGACUGCGCAGUAA